UGAAACAGCCUACAUAACAUCGUCUCUUUAUAGUUCGCCAAUAAAACGUCCCCCCCCCCCCCCCCUUUUUUUUUGAUUAACAGAGUAAACCAGUAGACUCCUGGCCUGGACAUAUUUAUUUAUUUAUUUGCUUGUGACAUAUCAUCUUAUCUCUACAAAGACUACACGGAAGCUAAAUAUAUAUGGCUACCACGUAAAAGUGUAUUUAGGCAUACAUACAGAAAUUAUGGAUAUCCCAUGAUAUUGACAACGAGUACUGCAUCAUUCACACAGAAGCAAAGCAGCAUCAGAUCCGCAUAUUUUAGUAUGGCUUUUAUGCAGCAUGUGUAAAUGGUAAGGCUGUUUUAAGUGUGAAGCCCACAUUUUCACAAAUUCACUUCUGAAAUGCAUGAAAGGAAGCUAGAAUAUCUGCAAACGCUGCACAGAUGCUGCAUCUCAGCUAGAUGCCUCAAACAUCUGCUUCGUUGAAGCAACAUGGGAAAGAAAGGAAUAAGAGGAGAGGAGGAUUUCAAUGGAGAAAGUAGUAGAUAUUAGGCUGUACAGCUAGUAUUGUUCAAUACCAGCCAUAAUUCCAUCCUCCAAAAGAUCUAAUAAAGCAAAUCCACUUUUAUGGUUAAAGCAACUAUGGAUAUGCAUUGGAGAUUACACCGGAAGUCACCAUAAGUCUCCUUUUCUAAUACGGAAGUGGGCGUGAAUAACAGCCACAUUCAGCAGCAUCACAGCAGACGUCUGUAAUUAAUCACUGCAACCUAUUCAUUUCGGAUCUAAAUACAUGCAGAUCAGCUUUAUUUCAUCUUUAUCUCAGCGAGAUAGAACUGUUAAGAGCCCUUGGAAAUAUGAGCCAAAUGUCAGAGCCUUCAGCCGAUGCUGCUGUGACUGAAGCUCCAGCUCCAGUUUCUCAGUCUGAAACUAAGCAAUCACCAGCAGGGAAGAAACUAAACAAAAAGAAAGUGGAAGAAGUGGUGGAGGAAGAAGAAGAGGAGUAUGUUGUGGAGAAGGUUCUGGAUCGGCGCGUGGUGAAGGGAAGAGUGGAGUAUCUCCUCAAGUGGAAAGGCUUUACUGACGUGGACAACACCUGGGAACCAGAGGAAAACCUAGACUGUCCUGACCUCAUUGCAGAAUUCCUUCAGUCACAGAAAACGGCUGAAUCUGGAGGCAAGAGGCGGGCAGAGUCAGACGGAGAUGGAAAGGAGACUAAAAAGCGCAAGGAUGAGCCUGAGAAACUCAGAGGUUUUGCACGUGGUUUGGAUCCUGAGAGGAUUAUUGGUGCUACAGACUCAAGUGGAGAACUCAUGUUCCUCAUGAAAUGGAAAAACUCUGAUGAAGCUGAUCUAGUACCAGCCAAGGAGGCGAAUGCAAAGUGUCCACAAGUGGUCAUCUCCUUUUACGAGGAGCGCCUCACCUGGCAUUCAUACCCCACUGAAGAGGAAGAGAAGAAGGAUGACAAACACUAGACAAAAAAAAAAAGAUGUAAGGGACAGUCAAUAUCAGUCGUGGCCAUUGAUAUGCUUGUUUUGUUCUUCUUUUUUUCUUUAAAGAUGGCAAAGGAAAAUUGUCAGAAACAAAUUUGUAAAAAGCAAAAGUAUAAACUGUAAUCUACAUAGGUUUCAGCGUAUUUUAGUUUGGGCACCGUUUCCAUAGAUGAAGCAAACAGAACACUGCUGUUUCAGUGUGCUUGACAGGUGACUUUGCACAUUUAAUGUACUCUUCAUGCUUUCCAUUGACGGAAACAUUCAGAUCACGUUUUGAAGGAGAAUCACAGUCUGAUAUUCC